AUGGCAAUGUCAACAAAGGAUACUGAAGAAAUUAGGCAAUCUGUAAAACUUGGUGCUGGCUUAGCGACUCUUUGCAAACUUAAAUUGAGCCCUGAAAAGAAAAACCUCAUGGUGAACUCUGUAUUUUAUGAUGUUAUAAACAUACAAAAUAACAAAGAGAGUUCAUCAAUUUUUAUUAAACUGUUUGGUGAUUUUUACGAUCCAACAAAUAGAAGGUUUGUGUUAAACAAUAACACAUCUUUUUCUUUCUGUGCCAAAGAGGUGGCAGAUGUGUUGGGUAUUGAAAAUACCGGGCCUGAUUUCAACGCCCCUGCUGCAAAAAAAGUUCCUCAGUUUGUUAAGGACCUAGUGAUAGGAUAUGGUGUAGAUAGUUCUGGGAAAAUCUCUACAACAACAAUUAAAGAACUUUUGAAAAAAAUGAAUGUAGACGACGAGGAAAGUAGAUUAAAUUUUAAGAAAGUCUUAUGUUAUUUUUUGAUCGAGAUGUUUUUAAUACCCUCCCCGGAUCCCAAGAAACCACGUACAGGUUCUUGGUCAAUGGUAGAAGAUCUUGAUGUAUAUGAAAAAGUGAACUGGGCUAAAGCAAUCUAUGAAGACUUACAUGAAUCUUUUAAUAAGCUAAAAACUGCAACGGUGGGAAAACAACAUAAUUUUAAAGCGUGUGCGCCAGUUUUCGAGGCUGUUGUGUUUGAGAGAAUACCUUCCUUAAAGCCAAACCUAUCGUCUUAUCCUUAUCCGCCAAUUCAAAAGUAUGAUGCUAAAAGGAAGGAUUGGGAACUGUUAAAAAGUAUCAAAGCCGACGAGAUAACCCCAUGUUCAUACUGUGGUGAUGGAGUAGAGGGUGAUGCUAGCCCUAGCCCUAGCUCUUUGAUUCCUGCUAAUGUGGUGGAGGACUUUUUGGCUUCCGGGGCGGAGGACGACUCGGCUUCCUCUUUGAAUGUGGUGGAGGACUUUUUGGCUUCCGGGGCGGAGGACGACUCGGCUUCCUCUUUGAAUGUGGCGAAGGACAGUUUGGCUUCCGGGGCGGAGGACGACUCGGCUUCCUCUUUGAAUGUGGCGAAGGAAAGUUUGGCUUCCUCUUUGGUGGAUGAUGUAUGCUCUCUCUGCUUGAAUGAUGCGUCUGCUCAGCCUUCUUCGCCGGUGAAUGAUGCAUCUGCUGCCAAGCCUUCUUCGCCAGUGAACGAUGCAACUGCUGCCAAGCCUUCUUCAUCGCCUCCACCUCCUCCAUCUAUGAAAGCUUUAAGAAGGUCGACAAGGCCACGGAAACAAAAUUUGAAGUAUAGCCCAAGCGAAUACAAUUAA